AUGUCGAAUAGAGGAGAAUUUUGGAAAAUUAAAAAUGUAUCCGAAUUACCUGAUGUGUCGGUUUUUGUUCAAGAGUUGUUUGACAUUGUUGCAUCUUCUCUUAUUCAUUCUCCAUGUGGUGACCAUAAUACUAAUGCGAGCUGUAUGAGAUUUUCUAAUGGGACACGCCUAACACGAUCAUCUCCUACUACAACUGUCAUUGUUAAUCGUCUUCCUAUGACUGUUGGUGCAAAUUGGGUAGUUCCGUAUAGCCCUGCCUUGACUUUAUUAUUGAAUGCUCAUGUUAAUGUUGAAAUUUGCAACAACACUACCGCUAUCAAGUAUCUUUAUAAAUAUAUGCAUAAGGGUACAGAUUCUGUAACUGUUGCAGUAAGUGACAACGAUUCACAAAACAUGGAUGAAGUUAAAUCAUACUUGAACACCAGGUUCCUUGGCCCUCAUGAAGCUCUUAACCGCAUUAUGAAGCAAAAAACACACGGUAACUCUCCUUCAGUUUCGAGGUUAGGUUUACACUUACUUGGUGAACAAUCCAUUAUGUUUGAUGAAAACAUGACAAGAGAACAAAUGGAAAAAAUGUUGAGAAACCGGAAGAAAUCUAUGUUGGAGGCGUGA